GCCUCUUACCUCUCUACUCUACUCAUGUAUUUAGAUUUACUUACUAGCUGAAAAACGAGAUGAAUAGACACAAGAUUUACAAUAUUGUAAUUACGAAGGUUGAACAUCAAAAUCGGAAGGUAAUUUAUUAUUGAUGAACAAGCGACUUUUACUAAUCAAAGGAUAGCGAUCUCUGUACUAACUACAUUUUAUUUUCGAGUUUCGAGGUUCGCGCGCUGUAAGUUUUUCUCUAUGGUCGCGCGAUUUUCGUACGACAUUAGAUAUAAGAUAAAAAUACAGGUGGUCAAACUACCUACCAAAUUAAAAAAUAAAGGGCAUUUCACAAUUAUUGACUUAAAAGUUUUUGACUUUUGACGAUUUUUUAAAUUUUUUCCGACAUGGUGUCGACUGUAGACUGCGAUGCGAAUUAUGAAACAAUAAUAUAAGUAAUUUGUCAAUAACAAUAAACGAAAAUAACACAGGUAUGUAAGUACAUUCUUAUCGUGUUCCAAUGAAUCGAUUCGAUAAAGUUUACGACACGGCGACACGCCAGUCGCAGUGGGCGGGCAUUCAGUCAGCGGAGUCGCAACGCGACCAAUCACGAGAGUCGAGCGUGCGCACAAACGUGCGAUAAUGCGUCAGUCGCAUCGCGCCCCGCUGCGGAGGUGGCGUUUUUUUCGUCGCAAUUAUAACUACGCCUUUAUGUCGUCGAUUGAAGUGAUUUGUCAAAAUGUCAAUGUUUAAUCCAGUUCAAUUGAUAGAUGAAGUAAAAAAACGGCCCGGGCUGUACAAACCUGAUCAUCCUGCCGAUCGGGAAGAGAAAUUGGCGUUAUGGAAGGAAAUAGGAUCAGUUAUUUACCAUGGUUGGGAAAAUUUCAACAAGGCGACUGCUUACGACAGAGUGUUACAGUUGCAACGGAAAUGGCGAUCGUUGAGGGACGCGUACAACAGGGAGCUGCGCGCGCGCAGGUCGGGGAUCAGGAUCAACAGGCGAGUGUAUCGUUACUUCAAGAGGAUGAGCUUCCUCGGAGGGUUCGAUGGCACACUCAGCGAAGACGAGGAAAUGGAUGAAGACAUGAUACUAGAGGGACAUAACGCUGAUGAAGAAAUGCAAGUAGAAACGAUCAAAGUGAAGAAAAAUAAACGGAAAAAGAGGAAACGGGAGUCCAGUGAAGGUAGUCACCAGCCUCCAGAAGAAUUAGAAAUGCCCAUGUUUCCAGUAGAAAUUGCUGAAAGUGAGACGGACAGUGAUAGACUCUUCCUUCUUUCUUUUCUACCUGAAAUGAGGCAGCUCCCAAUUAAUAUAAAGAUGUGGGUUAGGGCACAGAUAGCAAAUGUUAUGCAGGAGGCCGUCUCCUGCCACUACAAUAACACAAGGCCGGGGUCUUCUGGAGAUAAGAACUGCAUGGAUAUCAAACGGCAAAGGCAUGACAGUACAGAAUGAACUGAUAGAUACUUCCGAAUAGUU